AUGGCAAGGUGGUCAGUCCUUUUUGUGCUAAUUGUUUCAGUGGUUGCUCAUGCAGCUUGCGCACGUAAUGUGCCUAGCGAUGUGGAUCUCAAUGAGCAAAAUCUAGUGAGUGGUAAUGCACCAAAAGAAACUACUCUCAACAAUGCCCCAAAUGAGCAAACUAUUAUGGAUGCUGAUGCGCCGAAGGCGGAGUCACCCGGUGGCGCUGGCCUCGCUGACAAAAAGAAUUUUAUUUAUGGUGGCGUUGGAGGUUAUGCCGGUGUGGGUGGCUUUGCUGGUGGCAUUGGGCUGCCACUUCUUGGCGGACUCGGUGGCAUUGGGAAAUUUGGUGGAAUUGGAGGAGCUGGUGGCCUAGGUGGGUACACUGGCGUUGGUGGUCUCGGAGGUCUCGGUGGUGCAGGAGGUCUUGGUGGUGCAAGUGGUCUUGGUGGUGUCGGUGGUCUUGGAGGUGUUGGCGGUGGCGCUGGUGGUGCUGCCGGUGUGGGUGGUGCUGCUGGUGGAGUUGGUGGUGGUCUUCUCCAUCAUCCUUGA